UACAUUAUUCAGAAGUAUGGACUGAAGAGAAUUAGGGUGGUGUAAUACGCUACUUGGUGGUGAAGAAGAUCACAUUGCAGUGAACACUGCUGCGUGGUGACACUGUGACUAGUUGCUAGCUGAUGAUUCUGCAGAUCACGGUAUAGCUGGACUCUUUCUCUCUCGGUACCAACGACAUGGAUGAUAAAUUCGACGCGCCUCUACUUGGCAUUUUACAGAAUUGUGGAGAACUGGAGCCUUUUCUGGAGGUAGUCCUGGGCUUUCUCUACCGCAAAACAGACUUCUUCAGGCCACUUUCUUCAGAUCAGAGUAUGGGAUUCCCGCCGGGUGUGGCCAGGGAAAAGCUUCUCAAGGUGUAUAAGAAGUACGAGUGCAUGGGGUCCCCAGCCACAGUCCCCCGCUCACCCCCUUCUAACAACCACCCUCCCACCCCUCCUGCUACACCUGGACUCCCCUCCAUCACCCCCAGACCUACUGUUACUCCCAACGUUACUGCUGGAGAACUACUUCCCAAGCCGGAGCUGAAGCAGGAGGCGAUGGAGCAGAUACAGGGCGACUGGAGUACUUCCAGCUGGGACCAUCACAACGGAGGGGUGACCGAGCACUACGCCUGGAGUCAAACCGCAACGGAUGUUGACCUGAAGCUGGUACUGCCUAACCCCAAUAUUAAAGCGUCUGAUCUCAAGAUAGAUAUCAAACCUUAUAAUCUGAAGGUUCAGUUGAAGCAACAGAGUGACCUCCAGACACUCUUAGAAGAGAAGCUAAACAGUUUGGUGAAGCCGGAAGAGAGUAUGUGGAGUUUGCACAAAGAAAAUAAGCCAAAUGUAGCAGCCGUCAUUAAAAAAGAAGAGCAGUCGUCAUCACCCCGUUGGAAUCAAAAGUUUUCCUCGUUGGUACCGAGAAAGAAAGCCUCCCCCCGAGACAAACCUCAGAGGGUCAGAGGUCCAGCUAUACAGUGGUCUGCAGAAACACUGUUCAACACAGCCGAUGAAGCUAAAGCCUUCAUCACAAGAGAUAACAAAUGGAAGUUUAGAUACAGUCACCAAACUACGGAGGGAAAGAAGGUUUACUACCAAUGUACUCAGCGUGCUAAAUUGGGAUGCGGGUCUCUGUGUCACGUGGUCUACCAUCACGUGGGCACAGCUCUACUCUACACUAACGGAGAACCUCACAACCACAUCGAGUACAACAGUAUCCUCAACAGUAACCCUCCCCCUGCUAAUGUUGCUAUUAGCAACCUCAAUGUUCAGAGCCAGGUAGCCCUGCUACAAAAGAUCGUCUCUAGUGCUUCCUCCGUGUGCUCCUCCGCAAACAAUCCCUCCCCCAAACAGCCCACCCAACUCUCACCUCGACCUCGUGAAGACUGGACACCUGUAACCAUAUUUCAGAGCCCUGCUGACGCUAAAACAUUCAUUGAGCACGAGGGAUUGUGGAAAUUCUCAUACAGUCACGCCACACCCCUCGGUAGAAAGGUGUUUUACGACUGCACGCAGAAAGCAAGUGAAGGAUGCCCCGCCAAAGUGCAGCUUUUCUACCACGCUGAAGAAAGCACCGUCUCCUACAUGAUAAACGGAGUACCCCACAAGCACACCAGCGACGCUGUAAUGGUCAGAAAACGCGGUCUCCCUAGCAACGUCAAGGAUGCUAUCUUAGAAGCGUACGACAGCGGCUUCACGGACACUAAACUGGUCUCCAAGUACCUGGAGAUAAGAGGUCUGGAACCUCCCACUGCUUCAAAGAUCAAGUUGUUCUUGAGCAAGCAUCGUCCAGAGAGUCAGAAGAACGAGGCGCCUAUUAGUAUGUUACAGUGGCAGUUCGCUCCACUUAAUAACGAUGAGGAGUCAGUGAUGGGGGAGGUGGUCGCUAAAUGCUGAUUAUUCAGCUGAGACGCGCGCACGUGGGCAGCUGCUGCAGACUUCACCGAGACAAUUGAAUAAGAGCCAGAUACUUAGACACACCUUAUCUGAGACAGCACACUUUGAUUACAGUAGUUUAGUGAACAGUUAAUCUUGACUUUUUUAAUGUGACGAACUUUUCAGCCACGACUGAAAUUGACUAACGAUUGAUUGCUCUAUAAUAUUGCCAUUUUAUACACCUUAACAUAAAUUAUCUAAUUAUUGAUAUUAUCAAUUUACAUAUUGUUCAGUUUUUGGGAAUGGACCAACUUUUUUGGUUUUUAAAUUAUUCCGAUUAUAAACACACUUUGAUUUGGCAUGCUGAUUGGGUCGGAACUGGAAUUCCUGCCAUUUUUCCGAUGACUUCUUCUCAUUAACAUUGAUUUAGUUUUAGGACUCUAGCAUGAAUACAAUAUUUUAAUAUUUAAUAUUCUACAUUGUCCUAAUGACAGUUUUAUUUGACUAUUAAAUUUUCUUUACUGAUUAUUACCAUGAUAUAAUUAUUUUAUUAUUGAUUGAUUUCAUUGCAUGACAUUUAUUUUUAGAAAUUGAUUUUAAUUUUUAGACUAUUUUGAAAUUUUCAGCUAAUAAAA